UGAACUGUAGCUUGGGUCAAGGCUUGGGCACUUCUUACCAUGGCCACUUACAGCUUCAGGCACACCACCUCUUCUGUGUCUGGGGGGCUUGGUGGCUCCCCAGCCCGCUUUGGGGGCUCCUUCAGGGCCCCGAGCAUCCACGGCGGAUCUGGUGGCCGGGGUGUCCAGGUGUCUUCUGCUCGCUUUGUCUCUUCGGGCCUCGGGAGCGCUGUUGGUGGCAGCUAUGGCAGUGGGUUUAGCAGUGGCUUCAGUGGUGGCUUUGGUGGUGGCUACGGUGCUUGUGUGGGCACUGGUGAUGGCCUCCUUGCAGGCAAUGAAAAGACAACUAUGCAAAACCUGAACGAUCGCCUGGCAUCUUACCUGGACAAAGUGCGAGCGCUGGAAGAGGCAAAUUCGGACCUUGAAAUCAAAAUCCGAGACUGGUACCAGAAACAAGGACCAGGCCCUGCUCGGGACUACAGUUCUUAUUACAAGACUAUCGAAGACCUUCGAGAAAAGAUCAUGGCUGCCACCAUCGACAACUCCAAGGUGGUGCUGCAGAUCGACAACGCCAGGCUGGCUGCUGAUGACUUUAAAACCAAGUUUGAGACGGAGCAGGCUCUGCGCCUGAGCGUGGAGGCCGACAUCAACGGCCUGCGCAGGGUCCUGGACGAGCUGACCCUGGCCAGGGCUGACCUGGAGAUGCAGAUCGAGAACCUCAAGGAGGAGCUGGCCUACCUCAAGAAGAACCACGAGGAGGAAAUGAGUGCCCUGGGAGGACAAGUGGCCGGCCAAGUCAGCGUUGAACUGGACUCUGCUCCUGGCGUUGACCUGUCCAAGAUCCUGGCGGACAUGAGAGAGCAGUACGAGUACCUGGCUGAAAAGAACAGGAAGGAUGCUGAGGCCUGGUUCCACAGCAAGACCGAGGAGCUGAACCACGAGGUGGCCGUCAACACGGAGCAGCUGCAGAGCAGCAAGACGGAGGUGACGGACCUGCGCCGCACGCUGCAGGGGCUGGAGAUCGAGCUGCAGAGCCAGCUGAGCAUGGUGCGUGCCCACCCCGCGUCCCGCGCCCCGCGCCCGCCAGCGGGGCCCCUUCCCCACAGCAGCGUCCCCGUCCUCCUUCCCGCUCUGUGUCCCCAGAAAGCGGCGCUGGAAAACACGCUGGCAGACACGGAAGGGCGCUACAGCGUUCAGCUGGCGCAGAUCCAGGCGCUCAUCGGCAGCAUGGAGGCGCAGCUGAGCGAGCUGCGCGCCGACAUGGAGCGCCAGAACAGCGAAUACAAGAUCCUCAUGGACAUCAAGACGCGCCUGGAGCAGGAGAUCGCCACGUACCGCCAGCUGCUCGAGGGCCAGGAGAGCCAGUGA